AUGGCAUCCAAAGUGGCAAUUGUCGGUGUUGGAUGUCGCUUCCCAGGAGCAGAUGACAUCGACCAAUUUUGGAAAGUUCUCAAAAAUGGUGAAAAUCAUUUGAUUGAAGUACCAAAAAAUCGCUGGAAUCUUGAUGCAUUUUACCACGAAGAUGCCGGAAAACCAGGAAAAACCAAUGCUCGAAAAGCAGGUUUUGUUCAAGGAUUUGAGAAAUGGGAUUAUAAAUUUUAUGGUAUCAACGAAUUUGAAAGUUUACGAAUGGAUCCUCAACAUAAAUUUAUAUUAGAUUCGACAUACAUGGCUUUAGAAAGUGCAGGAAUAACACGAAAAGAAAUCAAGGGAUCCAAUACUGGCGUUUAUAUUGGGGUAAUGAAUAGCGAUUAUUCUUCUAAUUUCGCUACAAGUGUGCUGGACUUUGACAACUACACAGUAACUGGAACAAAUGACAGCAUCGUUUCAUCACGAGUUAAUUAUACGUUUGAUUUACGUGGACCAUCAAUAACUAUUGAUACAGCUUGUUCUUCAUCACUGAUAGCCAUACAUAGCGCCCACCAAGCUAUUUUAUUAGGUGAAUGUGAUAUGUGUAUUGCUGGUGGAGUUAACUGUCUACUUAAACCAGACAUAUUCAUCCAGCUCAGUAAAGCUGGUAUGGUAUCACCAACAGGACAAUGUCAAGCUUUCUCUGAGAAUGCUGAUGGUUAUGCUCGAGGUGAAGGGUGUGGAAUUGUCAUUUUAAAAUCAUAUGAAAAGGCUAUAGAAGAUAACAAUCCGAUCUGGGCGACAAUAUCCACAGCUUCUAAUCAUGAUGGUCAUACAGUCUCGCCAAUAACUACACCAUCUAUGCAGCAACAAAUAGAAUUAUUAAAUAUUGUAUUUAAAAGAUUUGAUGUUGAUCCUCAGAGUAUUGAUUAUAUUGAAGCUCAUGGAACGGGAACUAAAGCAGGGGAUCCUGUUGAAGUAAAAGCUCUU